AUGGAGGAAAGGAACAUUAGUGGAGAUUUCCUAAGCAAGGAUUCCAACACCUCAACCUGGGAGACUACUAUCACAGCACCAAAUGGAAGCAUCUACACUGAUUCUUCAUAUUGCGACAUCAUGUUCCAAGCCACAAUUUAUCUUUCCUUUGUCUUUAUACUGGUUGGAUUGGCAGGAAAUGCCAUAGUGAUAUGGCUUCUGGGCUUCCGCCUGCGCAGGAAUGCCUUCUCUGUCUACAUCCUCAACCUGGCUGUGGCUGACUUUCUCUUCCUGAGCUUUCAGUUUGUAUAUUGCCUUUUUCUUGUAAUUUACAUCUUCUACUCCAUUUUCAUCUAUAUCCCUUGGUUGUCUUUUGUUCUGUCAAGAUUUACUUAUCUUUCUGGCCUGAGCAUUCUCAGUGCCAUUAGUGUUGAGCGCUGCCUGUCUGUUUUGUGGCCCAUCUGGUAUCGCUGCCGACGCCCAAGGCACACAUCAGCUGUCACAUGUGCCUUGCUUUGGGCUCUGUCCCUGCUCUUGAGUCUCCUGCAUGGAGAGGUAUGUGGCUUUCUGUUUAAUAGUAUUGAUGUUUUUCGGUGUCAGACAUUAAAUUACUUCACAGCUUCCUGGUUAAUAGCGUUAUUUGUAGUUCUCUAUGUGUCCAGCCUCACCUUGCUGGUGAGGAUUAUCUGUGGCUCACUGCGGAUCCCUGUGACCAGGCUGUGUGUGAUCAUUGUACUCACAGUGUUGUUCUUCCUGAUCUUUGGUCUCCCCUUGGGCAUCUACUUUCUCCUCUACCAAUUGUUUGGGAGUUUGCUGUUUCUUAACAUUUGUGAUAUUUAUGUGAUAGUACUCCUAUCCUGUGUUAACAGCUGUGCCAACCCCAUCAUUUACUUCCUUGUUGGCUCCAUCAGGCACCGCAGGUUCCAGCAGAAGUCUCUGAAGCUGUUUCUGCAGAGAGCCCUGCAGGAAACUCCUGAGAAGGAGGAAGGUGGAUAG